CUACGUGGCGUGCUCCUGGAUUUCCGAAUAAUUUCACUCCCCUCUCCCAUUUUUAACAGAAUCCAAGUCUCCCAAAGCACAGAGAACCUGCAAUCUGAGCAAAAAAAAAAAAGAAGCCCAAAUGAUGGACGACUGGAGGAUCAGACGCAACUCGAGGUUUCACGUACCUCCCGGGAUAUUUUUCGAGAGAGCCGAUGACGAUGAGGAUAGAGAACCCUAUUGCGAAGGCGCGCCAACGUUUCAAUGUUCGUUAUCCCCUGCCUUGGCAAAACUUCUCUUUGCCAUGAUUCAUCUCUCUAUUCUUUUCACCACAACCGUGCCGAGUUUCCAAACCAGGGAACUCGGACACGUGAGGCUGUGGAGGUGGCAACUCGUCGCCUUCUUUGCUUUUUACGGACGCUUUAUCUCCCGUGCCAUUACCACUGGCGUCCUUCACGUAAUCGAAAACUCGAAUGAUGCGAGGCUAAAGGGAAAUCUCCCUCAUGCGUAUGCCGUGAAGAGAACCUUUGAGUAUCUUCUAUCGUUCGCCAUAUUAUUAACAACCUGGAUUUUAUUGAUAGACACUCCCCUCAAGAAGCUUGGUAAUAUAACAAAGAUACUGUCUUGCGCCGUUGUCACCAUGAUAAUUUGGUGCUCCAAGGUCAUUGUAUGGAAGGCCAUGUCAAUUUCGUUCCACAGGCGAAACUAUUUGGAACAAAUCAAAGAGGCAAUCUUUGCCCUGUACAUCUUACGUAGCAUGUUAACUCCAUUAAAGGAUCCAAAUCAGAUGACAGAGGAGAGAGAGGUUAUCGUUGCUGCUGCCCUGAAAAAUCGAAGGGGACACAAGCUUUUACAAGGCCAGAUGACCUUUUGUCAAUGGCGUCUCGUGAGUGCAGACAGCUCGAAUGAUUGGGUAGUCUGGAAUAUGAUAAAUCUUGUGCGGAAUGCAAAUGCAUUAGACGAAACGUUACGGCUACUUCCCCAUCGCCGUUCUACCCAUCCUAACCUCAACACAUGGGAUGACAAAGCGAUUUCUGUAUCCGAAGAGAUAAUUAAGAAGGUGUCGAAAAGCGAAUCCAGAGAAAUUAGUCUUGAAGACCUAUCGUACUGCAUGCCGAAAGCGAUUGUUGAGGAAGCGUUGAAGCGGAUCGGAGCCACACAAGGAAAGUUUGGGAUAGAUGAGCUCGUCAUUUGGAUGAGUCGCAAUUUUGAGAAGCACAAAGGGCUUGAGUUAUCUCUCGACGAUACUCACCGUGCCUUGCGAAGUUUGCAUGGCACCGUCGAUGGCGUUGUCUUGAAGAUACUUUCAUUUGCUUGGCUCGCCAUACUAAACACUGUAAAUGUCCUCCCCAGAGACGAGGAAAUGGGACAGACGAUUUACAUUGUGAUACUAUUUCUAGCUCUAGCAGUUGCCUUUGUUUAUCACUUCCUAUGGGAUAUCGAUGGCUAUGGGGUUAGAUUCUUUUUCCGCCACGCACUCCAAGUUGGGGAAACUUGCACCAUGGACGGGAAAAAGAUGCAAGUGGAGAAGUUGGGCGUUUGGAGCACACAGUUUCUGACCAUGGCUGGCCAUGAGCCGUGCUGUCGCAAUUCUAUGCUCCUGGGGAAGGAAAUUAUCAAGGAUCCUCCGUUUCUACUCACUCAAGCUUGAAGUUUCCCAAUGUGAGAAGAGAAGGGUGAUCCUCGGUACCUCUAUACCCAUGUAUUUUGGUGGGUGGGUGUGUGAGUUAGAAUGUGUGAGAAUUUUUUGUUUUUUUCAAAAGCCUUAUGCGAUCCAAGUAUUUUGGGUCGUUCCCAAGCAGUGGGAGGAGCCCGUGGCUCUGACCAUGUGCCUGUUGAAGAAUAAAUCGGCGACUCAUUGGCAGUGGCUUGGUUAAGGGAACCCAUUGGAGCCGUAGCGAAAGCGGCUGGCAAUGCAAUUCGGUACGGAGGCACAGAGAAUUUUUCAGUACGGAGGAUCCUCUGUGUCAGAGUGGCUACAAUUUGUUACUCUAUAUUUAUUG